GCCGACUCUGGGUUACUAUUAUAUUACUACACUUCGUAGUACUUUUACGAGGUUGAGGGGAUGAGUUAGUGCGCUCUGUUGCAUAUGCUGAUUUGUAGCGACCAUGUGAAAGGCGAUAGGACUAGGUUAUUUUGGAGAAGAGGAGUUUACAAUCUGAUCCUUCAAAUCAGAAUUAGAUACGGAAUAGUGGCUGUCUGGAAUGGUGGGUGUUGCAACAUGAAGUCGUGGGUGGGUGCCACCCAUGCAGUGACACGUCUCUUCAGCAUCCCCUACUUGGAAUCAGGGUCGUGCAGAUCGGCGCAUUUAUAGACUACAUGCCAGAUAACGAUCAGGUCUAGAAUGUCUGCCACAUAUAAUCUGUG